AUGAAGUUCACGAACGCUAUCGUCGCCACAGCUCUUCUUGCAUCCUCUUCUGUGGUCGCAGGACCUACUCCUCCUAUCGCCGCUAGACAAAUAAAACAAGAGAUCAGUCUUUGCCUCCAGAAGGACUUUGUCGACUGCCAUGAUUUAGCAUUCAACGAUAGCGAAUGCAUGAACUUCUAUGCCGGCGUCUCGAUCUUCAACGAUGCCAUCUCUUCUUACGAUACCAAAGGAUUUGAGUGCCAUUUCUGGUACGACUUGAAUUGCGGUGAAUCGGCAACGUUCAUGGCCAAUGGCCGAAGUGCCAGCAUCUACGAUGACGGCUCGAACUACCUAUUCGAUGACAAGAUCAGCUCUAUGAUGUGCAGGAACGUCCAGUUCAAGUAG